AUGCUCGCAAACUCUAAUACACAGACCGGUGUGUUGAGUGACGGCGACUCCCUGGUCACCGCUGUUCCCGGCUACCAAGGCAAUCCUACAGUCCUAGUCGAGCAUACAAAGGAGCACGACGAAUCUAUUCAGCCCCUUUCUCCAUUCGCUCUCUUUGAUAUGUUUCCUCAACAGACCGCCAGUUUAUCAGAUGUUCCAAUCAUACCUCCUCCUUCCACGCGCUCCUCACAACGAUCGCGAUCGAGCAGUCCGUCCCGACCGAGUGAUGCACAAUAUCGCGCCGGCCAUCUUCGACGCGCAAAUAUUUUCGUAGAUAACGAUAUACCUACAGAUAUCUGUGAUUAUGCAGAUGAGAAAAUAUUUUGUGAUAUGAUGGACGAUGCUCAUUUGCACCAGAUGGCCGAAAAGCUGUGGAGCAAAUCCAAGGAACUUGUCAAGAAACCAUCGGGUGAAGCUGAAUGGACGGAAGCCUUACAUACAACAAUUGACGAGUUCAAGUUCAAGGGGCUUGAGGCUCAAGACUGGCGCGAAGACCUGAAACCACCAGUAUACAACCCUCAACCUACCAUCCCACGGAAACGAAGUCAGUCACAUUGCCUCGUACAUGAAAUCUCCGCCAGCGAUAGACACUCUUCGCAUGCAGCUGGAUCAGGGCCCCCAUUGCCAGCUACUCCUGUGUUCAAAUUAAAAAACCCACGUCCAGAUAUAUGCGUUGGGUUGUCGGAUGAGAGCUUGGUCAAUGACCUCGAGCCCAAGAAGGGCCGCAGUGCGGCCAGAAGCUUUCUACUAGACUUGCAAGAUACCACUAGUCUUGUCAGCGAUCCACACGUCACCCCCUUGGGCCUUCGUUUCCCAUUUUUGAUAGUCGAGGCAAAGGCUGGUUCGACUGGAGGUAACCUCUACCAGGCACAGAACCAAGCUGCGGUGGGUGGCUCAACAGCUCUUCAGAUUUUGCGAAACCUUUCAGAGCUGAAGUCUGCUCAAAAUUUGGAUUGGGAAAGUCAGGGAAGUUCCCAGGCCAGUAUUGGGCCAAUUGAGACCUUACCCGACCUCAUAUCUCACAUGGUCUUUUCUGUUACCACGGAGGGCCCGAUUCAUGAACUGUGGCUUCAUUUUCGAAGACCAAGCGAAGAAGACUUCUAUAUGGUUUGCAUCGGGGCCUGGAGGACGACCGUGAAAGACGACACUCUGAAUCUCUUACGCUACCUUUGGGCAGUUUUGAGAUGGGGAAAUGGUGAAUUCAGAGAUAGCAUUGUUGAUGCUCUCGGGGCUUUAUAG